AUGAACGCCGUAGAUGCGACGGAGCACUACGAGGCAAGUGCCAGCGAUCCCGCCCCCUCCCUGCUGACAAUCGUCCUCGACACAAACCCCCACGCUUGGGCCCUCCUGGAAGACUCCCUCCCGCUCUCCACCGCAAUAGCCAACAUCCUCGUCUUCGUCAACGCCCAUCUCGCCUGCAACUACGCCAACGAAGUCGCGGUCGUCGCAUCGCACAGCCAAAAGGCGACAUGGCUGUACCCGUGCGAGAUCAAAGAGGACAAUGGAAAGAGCAAGACCAAGACAGGGAGGGAUGAAGACGGCGAUGUCGCCAUGAACGGAUCCGGCGCUGGGUCUGCUGCGGACCAGGUGAACAAGUAUCGCCCUUUCCGGAUCGUCGAGGAGCAAGUCACUCGCAACCUGCGGGAGCUCAUGGACUCGACCAGCGGCGGGGACGUCGCGGCCACCACCUCGACGAUGAUGGCGGGGGCGCUGACGCUAGCGCUGAGCCAUAUCAACCGGCGGUCGAUUGCGUGGGCGGACGCGCAUGGGGGAACUGCUGCUGGGCCGACGGGGGCGGUUGAAGCGGGCAGCUCCGGGGCUGGUAGGGCUGGGACGGAUACUGGGGCUGAGGCUCUGCAGUCGCGCAUUCUGAUCAUCUCCGUGAGUGGUUCGACGGAUUCGGCACAUCAGUACAUCCCGAUCAUGAACUGUAUCUUUGCCUGUCAGCGGCUCCAUAUCCCCAUCGAUGUCUGCAAGCUGAGCGGGGAUGCGGUGUUCCUGCAGCAGGCGUCCGAUGCCACCAAGGGAGUUUACAUGUCGCUGUCCGAACCUCGCGGCCUACUACAGUACUUGAUGAUGGCGUUCCUACCUGACCAGCGAUCUCGGAGACACUUGGUUAUACCAACGCGCGUCGACGUCGACUUCCGUGCCGCUUGCUUCUGCCAUCGCCGUGUCGUCGAUGUUGGCUUUGUCUGUUCAAUCUGCCUGAGUAUCUUCUGCGAACCUCCUGAAAACGGCGACUGCCUAACUUGUGGUACCCAUCUCGAGAUGGGUGACUACGGUGCUAAGCCGGCGGUUGUCGCUCGGAAGAAGAAGAAGAAGAAGGUUCGCACCAACGGUGCAUCAGGGACAGCAACUCCAACACCUACACCUACACCGGGCCCUUGA